UUUCUCUAUAACGCAUUCAUCUGUAAUUUCUUGUAAUAUAUAGUUUUUCAUUUUCUUAUAAGUUAUUUCUGCUAGUCAUUUACGUAAUACAUAUUCUUCAAACAUAUUUCGUAGAGUAAUCAUUUUCGUUAAUUCUUUUCUUCUUAAACUUUUCAACAUCGUAAAAUUGAUGCAAAUAACUCAAAAGAUAAUAUUAGUAAUAUACAAAAAAUGUAUUGCAAAUAUAUUACAAAUUAUUAGAGGUUAACAUGAAAGUAGAUUUGCUUGAUUUAAAUUUCCCUCUCGUUUGUACAACCAAUUUAAAGGGACAGCGUUUUCAAGAAAUCAAAGGUGCCGACAAAGAGUGUCGCCUCUGGUUUACUCUGUGGUAAUAGAACAAACAGCGAUUUGUUUAUUUUCAAUUUAUCUUUUAAUAGUAAUGUAAAUAACAAAAGGGAUAAAAAAUGACAAAAAUUGUUGAGCUGCGGCCUAAUAAAGAUUUGAUAAAUGCAAAAUUUGAAAAGUAUCAGUUUUCAACUGAAGAAAUACCAGUAGAUACUGAUAUAAAUUUGAAAGCAGAUGUGUAUAGGUUAGAAUUAACAACAAACAGAGAUUCUCUUUUAGAAACACGAUUAUUUGCAUUUCAUAAUCACUUAUUUAAAAAUCCAUACGAUACUUCAUGUUGGUUUAUUGAUCAAAAUUGGUUUGUAUGGAGGUUUAAAAAAAAUGGAAAUUUGGAGCAGAUGUAUUUAAUACAUGAUUCAAAUGCAACUGUGCAGAAUGUUUUAUAUAAUCCAUCAAUUGGAUUUACCAAUAACAAUAUUGUUGCAAUAUCGGAUGGGGGAGAAUAUCUGAAAUUGUUAAUAAUAGAUACUCAAGAUCAUGUUAAAACUUUCACAUUAAGUGGUGCAGAACCUGGAGUUAUAUUAGAUAUUUGUUAUGUAAAUGCUACAUCUUCUAUUAUUAUUGCAAUAUGCGAUAUCAGAAGUACAGGAGAAAAGAAAUUUACAAGAUUGUUGUUAUUAACUUAUCUUUGGAAGAAUGUAGGAGAUCCAUGUGAAUCAUUUGAGCUUGUUAAUAAAGAAGCAUUAAAAGUAAAUGGUGCUGUUGAGUAUGUGUAUAUAGAAAAUUGUGGAAAAUACUUACACUCUAUUUGUCAAGACUACAUUACAUUUGAAUGCCCAAAAGAACAAGCUACCCAUGAUAAGAAAAACGUUUCAGAAAAAGCCAGUGAAAUAAAAAUUCCAAAAUACUGCUGGUCUCAGGAUGAAGAUUCUAUCACAGUUUGGCUUAAAAUAGAUAAGCAGCAUAAAGAUAAAGUCAAAGUGCACGUAACGCCUUCAGAAUUAUCUGUAACAGUGAAUGAUAAUGCAUUGAUACAAGGACAAUGUCAGCACAGACUGGAUGAAAAUUUGACAACAUGGAAAUACGAAGAAGACACAUUCAAACUUGAAUUGUAUAAAUUUGAAACUGGUUUAAUGUGGAGCGAACUGAUUAAAGGUGACACUGGUGGAGAAUAUUUACCUAAUGAAACAUUAGCUGCUGAAAUUCAUUCAAGGUUAGCACAUUUAUGUACAGACCAAACAGACAAUAAACAAGGUCAACCUUGUUUAGGAUUUAAUGCUGAACAGCUUGAAGAAUGUGAUUUAGAGGGAAAGGAUAAUUUGUUACAAAGGAUAGACCUCACAACACAGGAAAAUACACACUUAGCUAUGCUUGGAACAAGUAACCAUGUAUUAUUUACAUAUAAAACAAAAUCUGGACAAGCAAUUUGUUUGAGACAUGAUAAUGAUGGUUGUUUAUGGAUAACUGGUGAAGUAGAUAAUAUCAAGUGGAACAUGGAACAUUAUUAUACCUUUCCCGGUUUCGGUUAUGUCGAGGCAAGCAAAUGCAAUAAAAAGUUUUGUGUUUCCCCUAAUGAUGGUUCUUAUGUCGCUAUAUUGGAACAUACAAGAUACAUAUUUAUUUAUAAAAAGCCUGAAACUAAUAUUCAAGUUGGAAAACAAUGGAUUGUGGAUUUAGGUACUGAAACUUGCCCCAUCAUGGGAGCUGUUGCCACAAAUAAAUAUUUAAUUGUUCUUACUAAAAAAAAAUUAUAUCGAUUACAGAUUUGUUUUUGAACUUAAUUGUAUUAACUUAUUAUAACUACAUGCAGAGACUUUAUAAAUAUAGCCAAUGAUUUUAUCUAUCUGUUUACAUAAAUGUACAUCUGUUAACUUCUUAUAAAAUACAUGUACACACUUUUGUAACUUAAAUAAGAACUCAUCAUUCCGGUGUUUGUAUAUUUAUAAAACUAUACAUGUAAAUUUACAUGUAUACAAAUUAAUGUUUUAAUUAAAAAUCAUUAAGAA